UUUUAAAGACACUUUCGCUCUUCAAUGAGUAGUCCAUAAAAAAUAAGUGAAUAAGAAUACGAAGAAUUAAUUACGUUUGUCAAUGAAAUACUUAAAGAAUAAUAAUAGUAGUAAGAGUAAUGUCAAGUUAUAAUUUCUGCCUCUGAUGAAAAAAAUAGCCCCCCAAUUCAACGUGAAGUUUGUUUUUAAACAGAUCCAGAUACUAUUGGAGAAAUUGAUUCUUUAAUUGGAAAUUUUGAACAGAUGACAGUUAAUAAAAGCCUGUUUGAAUAAAUAGAGUUUUUUGGUGGAUGCGCUUGUUUUAAAUUGUGUGAGAUUUUUUCUGGAAACUAAGAACCCUUGACUCUAUUAAGUAGGAUCAAAAUGGAUAAAUUGCGUGAAGAGCUUAAUAAAUAAAUUAGGGAGACUAUAUUCAGAUAAAAUAGAAAAAAUUAUAUUCACUAGCUAGACAAACAAUCUGAUAAAAGUUGUUUUGAAUAAACUUAAUAGUAGCAGUAGUGUUAAGAUUAAUAAUAAGAUAACAUCAAUACUCAUAAGUAAUUUUAUUUUUUGUUAUUAUUUUUAUCAAGAGAGAAUAUUAGUACUUUUGAUGAUGUUGAUACUUUUCCUAAUGCAAUAAAAUCAAAAGCUAAGGUUGUGAAGAAACGACGUAAGUAAUCUCAUAUACCUUACUGUUGA